AUGCCCGCCUAUGAGUCCGGGACAAUUGCGACUGACGAAGAGAAAGAGAACAAUACCCAGACGACCGAUGCGCCCGUGAGAGAUACGUCAAAUACACCACUGCCACCACCCCCAGAUGGCGGAUUUCAUGCCUGGGCUCAAGUCGUUGCGGGACACUUGGUAGUAGCCCUGACUUGGGGCUAUGCCUCCAGUUUCGGCGUAUUCCAAAACUACUAUGAAUCUACGCUACCACAAACCCCAUCUGAUAUCUCGUGGAUCGGUGGCUUCCAGAUAUUCUGUCUUUUUGUUCAUCUCGACGCUCUCUGGCCGCGCAACAGAUGCUGGAUUGGCAAGGCCGGUGGUAGCUCUGGGUGGGCUGCUGUUGGUUAUCGGGACCUUUAUGACGAGUCUGGCCGUGGAGGUCUCAUGUGGCUGCCCACUGUGACAUUGAUCUCGACAUACUUUGUGCGCUACCGAGUCUUUGCCAUCACGGCCGCUGCCACGGGAACGAGUACAGGGGGCAUGAUUUUCCCCGCAAUGAUCCAGUAUCUAACCCCGAAAACUGUUGUGUGA